AUGUGGUUCGAGAUUCUCCCCGGGAUGUCCGUUAUGGGCGCAUGCUUACUCAUCCCCAGAGUAGCCACUGCGCACAUCCACAAGUUCACUAAUGGGGUCAAGGAAAAAAGGGUUGCCUAUUGUUCAUAUCAGUGGACUUUGAUGGAAAGAGAGAGGCAAGUCUCUGGAACUCAUCGUUACUAUGUGUCAAAGGAUUUGGAGAACAUUGACUAAGGAAGCAUUUUCCUGAUUGAUGAAAAAUAACUCAGUUAUGCGCAUCUAAACCUGCUAGAAGGUUAUGCAGUAUAUUAUGUACCAUGUAGUAUAUUAUGUAGUGUGUAAUAAAAAGU